AUGUAUAAUCACAUCCAAAACAACUUAGCAUGUAACAGUAGGCAUAUUAACUAUGCAAAAUUUAUGUUCUUUAACUGUAAUGGCAUAAAAAGUCAAGUAACUGAAAUUAAAGACUACAUUAACAGGCAUAGCUUAGAUAUCGUUCUUUUUAAUGAGACGCAUCUCAGGACGACUGACUCCCUAAAGAUCGCAAACUUCGAUGUGUUUAGAAGCGACCGAAUACAUAACCGUGGUGGAGGCACCGCCAUAGCUGCCAAAAGAUACCUAAAAUGCUGCUGCAAAUUCGCAUUACCCAUUUUUAACAGCAUAGAAGCAUGUGCGUGUAUUCUGAAUAGCAAAGGAGUAGAAUAUCUCAUAGUUUCGAUUUAUAAGCCACCCGGAAACUCGCUCAAUACGCAGGAUUUAGAUUAUAUUGCAAGGUUGGGUUAUCCUACUAUCAUCGCAGGUGAUAUGAAUUGUAAAAAUACAAAUUGGAACUGCAGGACAAACAACCAAGAUGGAAUUGUGUUAUAUAACUACAUAAUAAACAAUAAUGUACAAAUUUUUGCUCCUACGGAGCACACGUAUUGCCCUAUGACUCGCAGCAACUCUGAUAUCUUAGAUAUUAUGCUUACUUUUAAUGUUUCGCAACAGCCUUAUCUCAGUGUGGACAAUGAUCUAUCCUCCGAUCAUUUACCUGUUCGUUUUACCCUCUACGGGCUACGACAUGGAUUACCUCCCAUGAAGACUCGGACAAACUGGAUUCAGUACCAGAAUGAAAUUAAUAAUAACAUCACUCCUAACGCAAAUCUUAACUCAAAAGAAGAGAUAGACACUGCUAUACAAAACUUAAAUAUUAAAAUCCAGAGUGCCUUAAAAAAUGCGCAGUUUGUUAAAAAUGAAGACAUAACCCUCCCCUACAACAUCAGAUUAAAAAUUAAAGAGAAAAACAGACUUCGGAAGAUUGUUCAGAGAACUCAAAAUCCGCAGGAUAGAAGAAAUUUUAAUAAAUGCAAUAAAGAACUUAGGCUCAUGAUGAUUAAGUAUCGCUCAGAGGCAUGGGAAAAUUUUGUAGACAGCCUGUCCCACACAGAUUCUACUGUUUGGAGAAUUAGUAAAGCGCUCAGAAAGGAGGAGAACAACAUUGGCCCAAUUAAACAUAACAACCAGGCUUUUCAUAAAGCUGAGGAUAUAGCAAACAUCUUCGCUAGCGAUUACGAAGACCAAUUCACGUUAAAUCAGUACCCCAACCCAAAUGAUGUUAACAUCGAAAACCAUGUAAAAGAUUACAUUGCUACUAAUAGUCGCAGCGUAGGAAACCUCAUCACCCCCGACAAGUAA